AUGGCACCCACAGAGGACCUCGAACCGCCGAAAGGGCUGACAUCCAGGCUCACAGCCUGGGGCACCUCCGCCAUCCCGCCAAUGACGCUCACCUCCCUGAUCAUCUCCCAACACGCGCGGCCCUUCCAGCCGCUGCCCAUGCUCUUCACCCCGCUGCUGAUCUUCAGCAGCUACCUCACGCUGGCGGGCUUCAAGAUCGACGGGGCGGGCAUGACGGCCGCGUGGAGCGGCAU